AAUGUAAACAUGUAUUUAAACCUUAAAAAAAACAACACAUAGUUCCAGCUGAAACCAGGGCUUGUGAGUUCCAGGAAGACUUGUUGGAGGGCAUGUGUCUAACAGAGGUGUGCACGGAGUCCAUGUGCAGCAGGGAACAAGGAUCAGAAACACAAGAUCAGAGGACACUGGAUUCUUCUCUGCAAGCAUUGGCAGUGUUUGAAGGGAAUGGACUAAAAUUCCUGACAGCAUUGCUAGUCAUCCCUGAUACCCAUUCUAGCUGGUUCCAUAUUUGGUUUAUUUCAGUACUCAGAGUGAGCAAGGUGCUUUAUAGACACUGUCUCCAGGGAUUACAAUCACCAUUACACCUGUGCUGAGCACCCACAACUCUGCAGUCAAUGAAAGCAACAGAUUGUCCAGCACCUCUGACAGCCAGGUCUUAAGUUAAAGCAAAUUGGUGAUUUUAGUGAGAGAUCACCACGUUCGAUUCUGAAACCCAGGUGCAGGAGGUAGGCAGACCCUGUACAGAUCCAAACCUUUCCCCCACCUGUGACAGGUGUGUGAGGAAUGACUUCUUGCCUCCUGGCAUGUUGUCAGUUACUGGAAUGGGAAGGUAGCAGCACAUUUAAUGACUGCUUUGCAUUGUGUGCUCCUCCCGCCUCUCCUCCUUGAUUUCACAGUUCGGGAUGACUCAAUUGUGAGGCACUACAAGAUCUGGCGGAACUCCCAGGGGAACCUCUACAUGAACGCUGCGCUCUCCUUCCCAGAUCUGCGCAGCCUGGUGGAGCAUUACAAAGCGAAGAACCUCUCCCACGGCCUGAGACUGACAAUUCCCUGCUGGAAGCAAGAACAAGAACCUCUUCCUCACUGGGAUGACUGGGAAAGACCCAGAGAAGAAUUCAGUCUGGUCAAGAAGCUGGGAGCUGGAUACUUUGGAGAAGUCUAUGAAGGAUACUGGAAAAACAAGGUCAAAGUUGCAAUUAAAACAAUCCCCAAAGCUGACCUGACGUACCAGGCCACUUUCAAGAACGAAACCGAGGUCAUGAAGAAUCUGAGGCACAAGCACAUCCUCUCCCUCUAUGCCAUCUCUUCUGUUGGAGAUCCUGUCUACAUCAUCACCGAGCUCAUGCUCAAAGGAAACCUGCUAGAUUUUCUCCGAGCGUCAGAAGGGGAGCAUCUGGAAAUGACCGACCUGGUUGACAUGGCAUCCCAAGUGGCUGAUGGGAUGUGCUACUUAGAGUCUCAGAAUUUUAUUCACCGAGAUUUAGCUGCAAGAAAUAUUCUUGUUGGAGAAAACAACAUCUGCAAAGUGGGUGACUUUGGCCUGGCCAGGCUUAUCAAGGAUGAUGUGUACUUGUCUUACUCCCACAAUAUCCCCUAUAAAUGGACAGCCCCUGAGGCCAUUUCCCACGGACGCUAUUCCAUCAAGUCCGAUGUUUGGUCUUUUGGGAUCCUUCUGUAUGAAAUUAUCACCUAUGGGCAGAUUCCAUACCCAGGUAUGAGUAACAGCGAGGUUUGCAAAAAAGUCCAAACAGGUUUCCAAAUGUUCCGCCCGCCAAAGUGCCCACCCAUGCUCUAUGAAAUCAUGCGCAAGUGCUGGCACCUGAGUCCAGAUCAGAGGCCUGACUUCCAGUACCUCAAAGGGAAACUCCACAGUUUCACGCUCUACGAGAACCCAGGGCGAUAGCUGCACCAGGAGCCCUUCUCUUUCUGUUUCCUUUCAUCUCUUUUGAAGCCUGACAUUUCUGUUAUAAAGACCUCGGGGAUAUGAAACCAAUAGCUCUCUGGCCUCUGAAACAAGUACACAAUGUAGCCUUGGAUAUCUGCAGGCUUUUCCUAGGUCAUUUUCUGAUAUACUAAGGAUACAUGCUUAAAGAACAACUGUUUCCAGAGAAGAUUAAUCUAUUUCAGGAGCAAGGACUCAUGUCACUUAUCAAUCAUUUCACACACAAAUCUGAAGCAACACAAGCAAAACCAUUUGGGGUUGAUUCUCUCCCAAUAAAAGACAAUACAUUCCUUCUGUCCACCUUGCAAAUUCAUUUCAAGACUUCCUGCUGACCAGACGGUUGUAUAGUUACGCCUGCUCCACAGACGCGAUGGUGUUCUGUAAGACUUAAUUUUUGCAGUAAUGUUAGAAUGUGUAAAUGAUUAGCAAAAUCUAUGACAAUAAUCUACAUGUCCCGGGGGGAACUUUUAUUGGACUCCACUGUGAGGAAUAACAGAAUGAUCAGCUGUGCAAGACUCCAGGGUCUUGGAAAGGGAGCAAUGGGAAUCUACUGGGAAAGGUGGAUGGAUCAGUAGAAAGAGAGAACACCUGAUUCCAUUCAAAAUGUGCUGUAGGGAGCCCGUGCCUUGAACUGCAAGUGUGGAUUCUGUUGCUUUGCUUCAAUACAAAUUGUUAUACACUGACUGCUGCGCUAGGUGGGGUCACUGGAUGCUCCCCCUGUUCAAAAAGUGCAUCAUCGUGGUCAUUAAUGUAUAAUUCUGCACCACACAGUGGGUGCAAUCCAGGAUAUAUUUUUAGAAUGA